UCUUUUGGGGAUAUAUAUGCAAGUGGCAGAUGAUGGUCACAGUUCGUGUUUAGUCGCCAUGUCGCCUCACUGGUUAGCGGUCGGCCUUCUCUUCGCUGCCGCGCUCGGACAGGCUCUGCCGAAAACGAGGAAGGAUGCUACCUAUCUCCCGCCCAUCAUUACCGAGGGUCCUGACAUUUUGUACAGCGAGAGGUCUGUAGAUAAGGAUCGGAACGUAGAGAACAACGGGAUGACCACUUCACAAUACCCGGGAUUCAUCAUGGCGACGAGGGAGACGACAUCUUACUCACAGAGGAACAGCUCGCAGCAGCUAACCUGAGCAGGCUGGAGGGGAGGAAUUGCUCGAGAAACUGGGGGACACGAUGCUGACCCCGGAGCAGCUGGCCGCCAUCCUCAACAGGAAGGCGAUCAACGAUGUCACCAGAUUCUGGCCUGAUGUCAACGGCUUCCCUCACAUUCCCUAUACCUUUGAGGAUGACCUGGUUGACAAAGCAGCCGUCCGGAGCGCCAUUCAGCACUGGAUCGACAACACCUGCCUCACCUUCACCGAGGUCUCGAACACCAGCACUGGAGAACGCAUUAAGUUCAUCCGCCACGCUUCCUCCUGUAACUCUUACGUGGGAAUGGUCAGCGGCAGCGGAGGACAGAUCAUCAACGUGCCCGUGUGGUGUGAGCAGUCGUUUGGCAGUCUGGUACACGAGGUCGGACACGCCUUGGGCCUCUGGCAUGAGCAAUCGAGGUCAGACCGAGACGAACACGUCUCAAUUCUCACACAAAACAUCAUAUCAUCGGCGAUUUAUAACUUUAACCUCAUGACGACCAACAAUUAUGGUGUGCCGUAUGACUAUUCCUCAAUUAUGCAUUACUAUGCGCAGGGCUUCUCUCUGAACAGCCGCAAUACCAUCGUGACCAAAGACCCGAGGUUCCAAGCUGAAAUUGGCCAGCGCGAAGGCCUCUCCCACAUGGACAAGCUCAUAGUAAACACCAUGUAUGGCUGUACAGAUAAACUCCUCAUCUCUUGCGGACUAGCUAGUGAUCCCUGUCAGAAUAAUGGUUAUUUAGGAAGUGACUGCACUUGUGUGUGUCCUGAUGGAACUUCAGGGAGCAACUGCGAGACUGUUAAUACACUCUAUAAUGAUGCUAUCCUAUAUUUCAAUACUGAGAUCGUCACCGUUGAGAAAACUAUUUCAACCGUGAACUAUCCUAAUGCUUUCCCUCAUGAUUCGGAUUUCGUCAAAUGGAUAAUCGCCCCCGAGUGUAAUGAAGUAAAACUGACUUUCACGGCAUUCAACGUGUACCAAGCGGUUUCACUAACGGUAAACGGCGUUAGCACACUCGGCUGUUGGUACGAUGCCCUGGAAAUCAGGACUACUAAUGCAACGGAAGGGCAGUGGUUCUGUGGGACGGAUAUUUCGCCUGGCCAGGAGUUCCAGUCUGUUGGAGGAGAAAUGAUUCUUUAUUUCAAAGUUGGGACAAAUUUCAAAACCGGUUGGUCGGCUGACAUCAUCUUUGUUCCCAUUCCUUCCUGCGCGCCUUCGGGAACAACUACCACCACGACUACAAGUAAAAGUACCAGCACCACCACGAGUACAAGCACAAGUACAAGUACUAGUACGAUUACAACUACAAGUACAAGUAACAGUGCGUCUACAAGUACCACUACAAGAACGUCUACAACUACAAGUACAUCUUCAACCAGAAGUACCACUACAACAACCACAGACACAUCGACAACAACCACAAGCACAUCGACAACAACCACAAGCACAUCGACAACAACCACAGCCACAUCGACAACAUCAACAUCAACAACUACAACAACCACAACCACAACGGCCUUGGUUGGUCAGUGUACCUCAUACACAGAAAACGGACUGACUUAUUUCAUUUCUCCAAACUUCCCUGAAUAUUAUCCACCAAACGCGUACUGUACCCUUUCAGGAAUUACUGAGGAGCUCGCCACAGUGAACUUAUUCAUCAGGGUUCUUCGGCUGCGUGCUGGCGACACCCUUGUGAUCCAGAACCCUUACACGCCGCCACUAACGUGAGUCAAG